CUCCUUCCUCUUCCUCCUCCUGCUCCUUCCGCGAAUCACAGCUACGCAGGGCGUGAUUACAAAACGAGGUGUCAGUAAGGGUUUGCUAGGCUGAACGGAUGAAUUGAAGGAUUUGAGCAGUCAGAAAGGUAAUGGGCGGGACAUUAUCUUGACAGGCAAGCGUUAACAGACCCGGUAACCAAUCAGCAAACGUUUUAUUCGGUCCUAAUGUCAAAUGUUCCGGUAAGUGGCGGCGUCCUUGCGGAACUGGACACUGCGCGAUACUGAGACGUGCCGGGAUGCGACCACGUUUAGCUACGCACAAAGGAUUUGCUGAGCAAGUGUUGAUGUGGCUGUCUUGAUGGAGUGAUCUGGCAGCGAGCAUCCAAUGGCCUCCGUGGAGCUGCUUUACAUAGAUAAAGAGGGCGGGCGAGACGAUCCAGUGGACGUCCCUGAUUGGGCCCCAUCUGUUCAGGUUCAUGGGAUAGAAGGUCCAGCUGAAGGAGCAAGCCCCAGGGAACAUGAAAGCAGUUUGCAUGGGAAAGCAUUUGUUACAGAGGGUCAGCAUCAUUCAGCACCAAAGGUGACCCCCAGCAAAGGACUAUCAGCCAAGCAUUUUCGCCAAGAGAAGGUCAGGGUGUGUUGUGACGAGGAGCUGGAGACCUCUUUCACUUACGUUGAUGAAAAUGUCAAUCUGAGACACGUCACUCCAGACACGAGUGAGAAAAGCCUCCACGAUGGGACGCCUUGCCCCGACUCACCAAACGAGAACCGCCUUGAAUUUUCCUUAAUGUCCGACCUGACAUCUGAGAGCACAGGAAAGCCAGUAGAUUAUGGAUUUAUCAGCGCCGUCACCUUCUUAGUGACAGGAAUAACUUUAGUGAUCAUAUCUUAUUCUGUCCCUCGUGACUCAGGAGUAAACCCGGACACUGUCUCGGCACGAGAGAUGGAGAGACUGGAAAGUGAGAGUGCAAGGCUCGGGGCACACCUGGAUCGGUGUGUUAUUGCUGGGCUUUGCCUUCUCACGUUAGGUGGGGUAGUGCUUUCUACUCUGUUGAUGAUUUCAAUGUGGAAAGGAGAGAUGUACAGGAGAAAGGCCUUCUCAUAUUCCAAGCACUCAGCGAAGCUGUACGGCUCGACUAAUUUGAGAACAAAAUCAAGCUCUGCUCAUUCAUCAGCACAUAAUUUUGUUGAGGAAGACUCUGGUGGUAAUUUAAGCUAAUUUUUUUCUCUUUGUAAACACAUGUCCAAAUUAGACUUACAUACCCCAAAAAGUGUGUAGUUGAUGGGUCUUUUCCACUGGACACUGCAGUACAGCUUCGUUUCUCAGAAUAAUCCAAAUCUAGAGCUAGACUUACCUUAGUAAAGCACCAUGUCAGUUUCUCCUCACAAAACAAAGCUGUUCUCUGAGAGUUGUGGGGUAGCAACACCAUUUCCUAUGCAACACUAACAGUAGCAACUGUACUUACAUUUUCAUAUACACACUGAUGAGGGCUUACACACUUUUCUGUUGUACUUGAUUCAGUUAUUAUCAGACACUACUACUGGAAAUUGCUGUGCCUUAUUGUCUGGUAAAUGGUGAUUCUAGGUAGCUAGUGUUUUUAAUGGUGGUUGAAUGACUCAUAUGAUAACUGCGAUGAUUGUGUGGUGAUUCUGUUUGACUAAUCAUUCUGCAUUAUUUAGAGCUCCACUGGCUUGUCCCUGUUUGGUGCCCUUGUAUGAAGGGUAACCAAAUUCAUCAUGGGCAUUUAUCCUGCAAAAGAAAAACACAUCAAAAUGAAAAUGGCUUGAAUAUAGUCAGAGUUUUCUAGUAAAAAUGCUAUUAUAAGAUUAAGUAUUAUAAGAAACAGUAAAACAGAUAUAACAAUAUAAAAGUAAUGCGUUGCAUUACUGGCAGAUCAUUUUGCUAAAUUAAAAAAAAAAUAUUUCUAGAAAGAAGCCAAAUUAUCUGUCAAAAAAAUUAAACAUUUAGAACUUACAAUGAGUAGGAAAUGCCUAGAAAAAGGUUUAAUAAACAUUUAUUUGGUUUAUUGUAAUUGGAUACACUGCAAAACGUAUGUUUCGGCAACUAAAACUAUCAUGGAUAUAGUUAUAAUAUUAUAUAAUAUUAUUAUAUAAGAUAUUAUUAUUAAACCUAUUUCUAAAAAAUGUUUUAAUUGUUUAAAGCAUUUAUUCUAGUGACAAAAAAAUUAGCUUAUUUUGUGUGUGAUUUCUAAAAGGAAGCAAAAUGAUCUGCCAGUCUGUAUAGCAAUGAAAAAUCUUGGAUCAAAAUACAGGAUCAUGGAUUUGUUACGGUAACAUCUAAUACCGAAGUGUCCAGUGGAAAAGCACUAUUAAUCACAUAUUUUAUGGUCCUGUAAAAGAUUUUUUCUUCUUCUUCUUUCUUUCUUUCUUUUUUUUUUUUUUUUUUUAAAUUGGCUUAUUGUAAAGAUAUUGCUCAACUAUUGUUAGACAUGCUCUUAGCACUGUUAAAAGGAUUAAUAGCUCUCUCUCCCCCCGUAACCAUAACUAACCUGUAGUUAUGCUGGUUAGAUGUGUAAAGGCUGGUUAUAAUGUUUGAGCUCCACCUGAAAAACUGACAAUAAUUCCCUUUGAGUCAAAUCACAUCGUUGCUGCUGCUGUCCUGACAAUCCUUCUCAGCUCUUACUGCUUUACUUCUUUAGAUAUUACAGUUAAAUGUAAAUAUUUCCAGCCUUAAUCCUUUCAACAGGAAAUGUACAUUUCCAAAAAUCUGUGCAAAUAAGGGCUCGGUUUGGAGGGAAAUCAUGUAGCAAACCAGAACCCUAAAUCCAGAUGAACAUUACACUCCGCAAAGUAUCACAUUUACUGGGAAUUUAUGACUAUUUUUGCUGCUUGUGUCUUGCCUUGAUCUACACUUAUAUGCAACUGCUGUAUUUCUUAGCAAAUAUGGUCCGGGCAGAAAUGUACACACUUAAAGCCUAAAGCUUAUUCAAUAACUUUAAUGGAAAUAAACAGCUGCUAAUUGUGUUUGGCUACUGUGAGGGCUUUUUUUUUUUUAAUGUGAGUGUGUGUUUUUCUCAACUAACUGAGUCAUAUGAACUAUCAUUUAAAGCAUGAUAUAAUCUUAACAAAGUAAUUUAAAUACAAAUUGCAUGCUUAUAAUGACUUAUUUACUGAAUAUUGUCAUCAUCUACAAUCCCAGAAUGGAAACAAUGAAUGUAAACACGACUUGUGUUUUGUUAACUUUAAUAAACACGUUG